AGAAAAAACAUAGCAAACUUAAGCUAAAAAUUAGGAGCUACCCCACAAAGUUUUCUCCUAAAAACUAGAUAACAAAAACCACGUUAAACUACUUCCUAAGGACUAGGACAAACCUAAAAAUUAGGAGGUUUAUUUACUAACAAGUAUUUAUACCUCCAAUUUUGAAUGUAUUGUUUCCGAGGAAAAUGCUACUCGGACAAAAUCUAUAUCAAGACAUCCUAGUUAUUCUAGAUAAAUGCAAGAGUCUUGCUCUACUCAAGCAAUUGCAAGGCCAUCUCAUUACCACUGGUCAUGGCCAAACGCAGCUUUAUGCGUUCAAGCUUGUUCGUUUCUGCACCAUCACUCUCUCAAACCUCCAUUAUGCUCGUUUAAUCUUCAAUUACCUUAAUUUUCCCAAUGUUUACCUUUAUACUGCGAUGAUUACUGCUUACACUUCCGUUCAAGAUCAUACAUCAUCUCUUUUGUUAUACCGUGAAAUGGUUCGUAAUGGCUUGUCAAGGCCUAACCAUUUUGUAUUCCCUAUAAUCUUAAAGUCUUUCCCUGAAGUUAUAAAGUUUUAUGGGAUUGAAAUGGCGCAUACCCAUAUUGACAAAAUGGGUUUUGGAAAAUACCCUGUUGUUCAGACAGCUCUAUUGGAUGCUUAUUCAAGGUCUUCGUCUGAUAUUAAAGUUGCACGGCAACUGUUUGAUGAAAUUACUGACAGGAAUGUGGUUUCAUGGACUGCGAUGAUAUCGGGAUAUACUAGAGUUGGGCAAAUGGGUGAUGCUAUUUUGCUUUUUGAAGAAACUCCUCGGUGCGUAAGAGACACUCCCUCUUGGAAUUCCAUAAUUGCGGGGUGUACACAAAAUGGGCUGUUUUCUGAGGCCAUUUCAUUUUUAAGAAGAAUGAUAGUUGAGAACGGUAUCGUUCAAUCGAAUAAGCCUAAUGAUGUUACAUUUGCGUGUGUACUUGCUGCUUGUGGGCAUACCGGAAUGCUUCAGCUCGGAAAAUGCAUUCAUGGGUAUGUGUAUCGGAAUAGUGUUCAUUUGAAUUCGCUUACUUUGAAUGCUCUCAUUGAUAUGUAUGGAAAAUGCGGGAGCUUGAAAGAAGCAAGAUAUUUUUUUGAUAAGGCUAAUAGGGGGAGUUUGACAUGUUGUAAUUCUAUGAUCAAUUGUUUGGCCCUUGAAGGUCACUGGGAAGGUGCUAUUGGAGUUUUCAAAGAAAUGUUGCAACAUGGCGAUGAUUUAAAACCUGAUUCAGUGACUUUUAUUGGCUUGUUGAAUGCUUGUACUCAUGGAGGGUUGGUUCAAGAGGGGCUUAGUUAUUAUGACUUAAUGACUAGGGUAUACGGAAUUACCCCUGAAAUUGAGCAUUAUGGGUGUUUAGUUGAUCUUCUUGGUCGAGCAGGUCGGUUUGAGGAAAUUAUGGAAAUUGUUAGAAAGAUGCACAUAGCUCCCGAUGCAGUUAUAUGGGGUACCUUGCUUAACGGCUGCAAAAUUCAUGGGCGUAUUGACUUGGCUGAAUAUGCACUGAAAAACUUGAUUCGAAUUGAUCCAAAUAAUGGUAGUUAUUACUCUAUGCUGGCUAAUUUAUAUGGGGAGUUGGGGAAGUGGGAAGAGGUUCGAAAAAUAAGGAAGAUCCUAAAUCAGCAGAAUGCUUAUAAAGCUCGUGGUUGCAGUUGGAUUGAGCUUGAUAGCCAAGUUCAUCAGUUCUAUUCAGUAGACAAAUCUCACCCCAGAGUGGAAGAGAUAUACUCAAUUUUGGAAUGUUUGGUCGAUGCGCAUUAGUAUGUACCUUGCUGGCUUUAAUGUUUGGUUGAUGCGCAUUAUUAUGUACCUUGCUGCUUUAUUCUUUCCUAAGAAAUUCUCAUUCUGUAAUGACCCGACCGGUCGUUUCGUGUAUUGUAGCCCCGAUCUCCUAAUUAUCA